AUGUCGUCAGAAACGAGGCACAGGCGAAGAUCCAAGUCCGUCCCGCCCGCUAUCAAUACUCGUUCGCAGAGCACGCUGACGUCCAAUCUAGUCAAUGAUAAGUUUGGUCCAGUUGGCGACCGCGUGUCCAUCCAAGCACUGUUGAAUGGCGGUAUAGAGACCUUCACAGAGGCUUUCAAUCUCCCACCUCGCGAUGACCGGCAAGCAGGCUUGCACUUCCGCCAACAGAAUGAAGAGCCUGAGGAUGAGAUCGGAUCGGCUCACCUCAAGUUGGAGUACGAAAGCCCGCUCCCUUUUGACUACUCGGCCAUGUUUGAAAUUCCGCUUGGGCUCGAUGACCAAUAUCUAGACUUCUGGACAGGACCGUUUGGACUGAUGCCUUCACCUUCGUAUUCCGAUUUGCAGCUGGAUUUGUACGAUCCAACGAUAGUGUCCUCGGAGAUGCAGAUGGGCUCUACUGCGUCGACAUCAACGCAACCGCCUCCCGACCAAGCGCAGUACGUCUCGGCACUGACCAUGGCGAUCUACAACAAGUUGUGGUGCCUGGCUUUGGACGAAAAAGCUAGACAAGAACUCACAGUGUGUCUGCAUUUCCUGCUGACGGGAGAAAAGAUCCGCAAAUUCAUCUCCCUGUACUUCAGCAAUUGGCACUUGAAUUGUCCCAUUCUUCAUAAACCCUCCUUCGAUCCGGCCAACAUCCCAGUCAGCCUAGUCAUCAGUGUUGUCUUCAUUGGCGCGAUGUAUUCUAAAGACCACACCGAGCGGCUCACUGCCAGGAAGCUAGUGGAUGUUGCGGAGUUGGUUGUUUUCGAUUCGGAGAUCUUCUCGUUCGAGGUCGAAGUCACACGGUCAGUACAGGGCGAAUCUACGGCAAAGGUUUCCGACUCGGAUUAUGAAUGGGAUAUCUUUCAAGAGCUGCAAGCUGGUUAUCUGAUGGUUAUUGCGCAAUACUGGGGCGGCGGUUCCCGUGGCUCGAAGCGACGAGCGAUGCAGUCGCGCUUCGGAGAUGUGAUUAAUGUUGCCCGAAGCAUGCAGCUCCACCGCGCCCGCCAUCAGCCGACUGACCGUAUCUCGGAAAUCGUUUGGUUGCAAAAAGAAACGAAAAUCCGCACGAUAUCUGUAAUCGCUUUGCUCGACUGCGCCAUGCGGAUCUAUUCCAACUACCCUUGCCGUAUCACGCUGGCCGAACUCGAUAACGACCUGCCUUGUAAAGAGGCAAUUUUCAGCUCACGACACCCUUUCAUGCAGGACGAAUCAAUCUUUGCGCCGCGACUGACAAUGUCACAAUCUUUCGCCCUGCUCUUCGAUGGGAAGGCCAAGCUCCCUAAUUCCACCGCGCCGUCAGUGCUCUCGUCACAGGGAGAUGCAUCGGAGGCCGAAGCACCUGUGGUAGGGGCAGAUACUAACUGCGAUCUUACAAUAUUUGAUCUUUUCAUUCUGAUACACUGUGAGGCCACUACGCCGGUCCAGUUUCUCAAGACUCUUAUGACUGACCAUAUUCUAGUCAUGUACACCUACGUCCAUUCCUGUAUUAUGACCAUGUCGCUCAACCUGCCUACCACGAACUUUGGCCCUGGAUCGAAGUCAUCCCUGGCCAGAGGCCAGUUUACCCAUCAAGUCAAAGGAGCGUUGGAAAGAUGGCGCCAGUUGUGGGAAAUUAUACGCUCACAGACCCAGGACAAGUCACUGAAGGCUGAGGGCAUGUACAGAAACGCCUUCAAAUUCUGGGUCUUACUACAGUUCAUUUUGACAAAGGAGGAAGCCGUUGAUGUGAUCACGAGCAUGGAGGUAAACUGCGACGAUGCCUUGACGAAACUCAAAGUCCUUUUCAAGAGCGACAAUGAACUUGAUGGGUGA